UCUCCCUAAUUAUUUGGAAUAUUAUGUGAUUUGAUUUGUUAGCUGUGAAUAUUUGAUUUGUUUUUGUUACCUAAUUUAGGUCUUCUAUUCCUGUAUAUAUACACCUUGUAAUUACUCAAUCAUAAUAUGAAAAAUACAGAUUCUUUUCUUCAUGGUAUUAGAGCCUGGUUUUCUGAUAUGAAUUUCCUGCCUGUUUCUUUUCCCACCACUGCUGCUUCAUUGCAGCCCUUUUUUUCAGCCUUAUUGCUGCCAUUCUGUUUCAACCUUAUUGCUGACUGAGCCAGCCUUAUUGCUGGCCUUCAAGUUGUGUGAUAAACACCCUUGUUACUCGAUCCCUUCUUAGUCUCUUACUAUAAUCUGUCCUUUCAAGUUGCCGAAUGGAAGAUUCAGGGAAGGCUAUCUCCAACCAAACUGGGUCCUCUCUUCAGGAUCUAUCCAACUCAUCGAUUGGAGAUUUUCCCAACAUGAAGGAAUACCGAUUGGAUGGAAAAAAUUAUCUUCAGUGGGCACAGAUUGUGAGAACGUUUCUUAAAGGAAAAGGGAAGCUCAGUCAUCUAGAAGGCAUCGGUCCAGAAAAAAGUGAUCCCAAGUUUCAGACAUGGGACGAAGAAGAUUCCUCAAUUAUGUCAUGGUUGUGGAGCUCAAUGCAACCCAAAUUCAGCAAAAACUACAUGUUUCUCCCUACUGCCAAGGACAUAUGGGAGGCUGUUCGUCAGUCUUAUUCAAAAGUUCAAGAUGCAGUAGUAAUAUAUGAACUCAAGACGAAGGCUUCAACAACAAAACAAGGUAAUCGUUCUGUUACAGAAUACUACAAUCUCAUGAGAGGUCUCUGGCUUGAAAUAGAUCACAAUCUGAAUCUAGAGAUGAGGUGUGCUGAAGACACUAAUACUCUCCGAAACCAUAUAGAGAGAGAUAGGAUUUUUGAGUUUUUGGCAGGUCUGAAUGUAAACUUUGAUCAGAUUCGAGUUCAGAUCCUCAGAAAGAAGCGGCUGCCAUCCUUGAAUGAAGUUUUUUCUACUGUAAGAGGAGAAGAAAGCCGACGGACUGUAAUGUUUGAAGACCAACACACCGAAGGAUCCGCCAUGAAAGCAAUUAAGGAGGAAACAAAUCCUGACAAAAACAGGAGACCGGAUCUAAUUAAGACAAUGGGCAGUGAAGGUUUAUGGUGCAAUUUCUGCAAGAAACCACGCCAUACAAGAGAAAAUUGCUUCAAGCUUCAUGGAAGAACGCAGGUGCUCAGCAGAGCUAAAAGACAGCCACAAGCGCACAUGACCAUUGAAGGUGAAGCUGCCCCUAUGGACCAAUACAAACCUGUUAGUAAGGAGAUAUUUAACAGAGAAGAAGUUGGUAAAAUCAGGGCUCUCCUUGACUCCCUAUCUAAGUCUUCUGAUAUGUGUUCAUUAAUCCAGUCAGGACCUGAAAACGGGGAGGACGAUUGGAUUUGCUAAGGAACGGAAUGGGCUCUACUACCUUGAGAAUUCGAGCAAAAUUGGUUGGUCUCUUGUGGGUUAUAGUACCUCUU